GCGCUGGCUUGCUCUGGAGCUCAAUUGCGGAGUGAGAUUGGUGUUGUUGUUGUAGACUUGUCCACAAUAGUAGCUCGGUUUCAUUCCCAGCGUCACGAUUCCGGAGUUCUUCUGUCGAUUUGUUGCGAUACUCUGCUUCGAAUUUCGUCUUCUUUUCACGGUUGCACAGAAUUGUGGAGUUCCGCGAGAUUUUGAGCUAUUCCGUGGUGUAUAGGUUAGGGCAGGGCGGUGGUGUUCGGAGAUGGCGGCAAUGGGAGCGUCGUCGUUCGUCAAAGCGACGCCGCCAUGCGCAGGAUCCAGCACGCAGGGCAACAGGGCUCUGCGAGGCUUGUUGGCGUUGCAAGCUGCCAAACUCGUCGUUGCGGGGGAGACAGAGCUGCGGCGUAGCCGUUUGGCGGUGGCAUCUGCUGUCGGAAGAACAAGAACUAUUCUGGAGAGGGAAGGUGAUGCCGAGGAAGGAGAUGGCGAGGUCGGCGCGUGCUGCCCUCUAUAUUCGUCACUUAGGGAAGUGUCAGGGCCAUUUGCUUCGCGAUUGGGUGAGCGGAGGUUAACUACUUCGCGGCAUGGAGUGCGUAGGGUUGUGGUCCGGGGUUCCACCGCGACUACCAAUGGCGUUGCGGCUGAUGUUGUCGAAGGAGAGAGUGCACGUGUAGGAUCUGUUUCGAGAGAAACCAAAGAGACGAGUGUUGAAGUUACCAUCAAUUUGGAUGGAACCGGAAUAUGUGAUUGCGACACUGGCAUUCCCUUUCUGGAUCACAUGCUUGAUCAAUUGGCGUCGCAUGGCCUCUUUGACGUGCGGGUAAAGGCCAAAGGAGACACUCACAUUGACGAUCAUCAUACGAAUGAGGAUGUCGGCCUUGCUAUGGGCACUGCGCUUCUAAAAGCUCUAGGUGACCGCAAGGGCAUAAGGCGCUUCGGAGAUUUUUCAGCUCCACUGGAUGAGGCUCUCGUUCACGUAGUGUUGGAUUUGUCGGGACGGCCAUAUUUGGGUUAUGAUCUUGAGAUACCCACAGAUCGAGUAGGGAACUACGACACACAGUUGGUUGAGCACUUUUUCCAAUCCAUGGCGAACACUUCAGGAAUGACGCUCCACAUUCGACAGCUUGCAGGGAAGAACUCGCAUCACAUUAUAGAAGCCACAUUUAAGGCUUUUGCAAGAGCUCUGCGUCAAGCAACUGAAUAUGAUGCUCGCCGUUUGGGAACCAUACCAAGCUCUAAAGGAGUACUAUCACGAGCUUGAGCUUCUGCGACGUAGAUUGGAUCUAUCACGUUUUUUGUAGAAGUAAAGCAGAUCUUUGUACCAUCAAAUGGAAUUAGAUGUCACACCAUCACAAGAAUUCAUUUUUUUCCGGUUCCCAAGGACAAUCGUUCGAAUCUACUGGUACUUGUUUGAUGCAAGAGUUCCGCUUUAAGACAAGAUGAAAAGCGCUUAGUACCAUCCUAGGUUUGAGUCCUGCUUCAAAUCACUCUUGCUAGUUCUGGCUGGACAAAUGGACUGCAGGUGAAAUGGUAGGUGCCUGCUGAACUUCAGGCAUACAAAAGCAGCUAUGUAGGGUGUGUUAGACUGAGUUGAAAGAGGGAGCUACCAAACUUUUCCCAGAAUACGAAUGUUGAGUCUUUGUGAUCUUGGUGGCUUACGUGACAAGUUCGUAGCAAGUCUCCUGAAGGUACAGGUUAGCAUCCGUGGGGUGUGCAUCCAUCCCAACACAUCAUCGUUGGUCGCUGCGUUCUCAACUACCGUAUCGAUCCAAGAAAUACUGGUCAUUGUAUCCUCAAUAUGUACCGUGAUCUACAUAGGCUGAGGUGUGUUGGAAUGAAAAAGAGUGAGGUGUUUUUAUUCACAGUCGAAAAGUUAAGUAAAGUUCUUGAUUUUUCUUCUUGAA